CAUUUUUCUCCGUAACUGAAUUUCAUUAACCCUCCUUCCUGCACAAACCCACCUUCAUGCAUAUAUCGAAUCAACUAACCGUACGCACUUUAUGAUAUCACUAUCACACUCAUUAUGCCAUUGAAAAGCUUCAUCCGACGGAAACUACUCUCCCUGCUUCAGCCAUGGUUGAGAGAAGAGCCCCAACUCGACAUCCAGUUAGAGUUCCGUCACUCCCUUGCCGUCGCCGAGAACCUUCGUUUUGACGUCUCUGUUCUCAACUAACUGUUCGACUCCCCUUCUUGCCUCUUUAUCAAGGAGCUCACAAUCGAACACCUCACUCUCAGAUUCUCGCCCUAGCACUCCGCAGCCUUCGACAUCGAAGUUCACGGCGUUCGCGUUGUGCUAGCUUUCGAUAUGCCGGAUGAGGAGGUAAGCGUCAGGAGGUUGCAUUCGUCGAAAUUUGAUUAUACAGAUUAUCUUAGAAAGUGCUUUGAGGUUCUUGAUCCUGAGGGAUGUUUUUUGCAUUAUGUUUUGGAGAGCAUAGUUUUUGCUGACCCUGAAAGGAAAGAUCUUACAUCAUCUUUCUUGAAUCUUAUUAUGAAGUCGUCUCACCUAGAGGCACAUGACAUUAACAUGGUAUUAUAGGUCAAUGGAAACAUUAUGUUGAUGCUUAUGAGAAUCUCUUGCUGCUAGUUGGAUAUUCUACUGGCCCAAUGUGGAAAAUGUCCAUUUCUAAAAUGUUUCAGAGAAAACAGGUUUUUAGUUCUGCUAGAAACAACUGGAAGAUUAUAUCAAACAUUGAGAAGAAGGUUAGUCAGAUACAACAUGUUUGCACGGCGGACAGGAAGGAAGCAUCCGAUGCUCCAAACUUAGUAGAUAAAGCAGAGCAUGCCUGGGUCGACACAUAUGAGUAUUAUGCCAAACAAAUGAUUAUUUACUUGUUUCAAAAACUACCACAGAAUCAUUUCCAUUUUGGAGCAUUUGUUGAUGGUCCAUUUGUAAGAUUUUCACUCAAAAGAGAGGCUGGUCCUGAUGGCCAAGACAUUAAUGACAUUGCCAGCCAUGAUAACUUUGACAUCAAUUUUGAUUUUCAUGAUAUUGAAGUGGCUGUUGGUUCACCUUCAUUAUUAGAUAUGUCACCAUUGACAGAUCCGUUUGGGCUUGAUGAUGCCAAAGCAGAGUAUAUUACAUUGAAACCUUGUGUGGUUGAUAUUCCAAAACCCGAUAAUGAUAAGUACGUAUCUUCAGGAAAGAUAUCAGUUGGUUCCUAUAUUCAUCAAAAUGGCUUAAAUGUUUAUUUGGAGGAGUUAGAAGACAAACAUCAGAUUCAACUUUUAGUGGUAAAACCAAUCAUUGUACAGAUAUUAUCAGUCAGGUAGAUGUUUUAUUUUGAUUAUCCAUUUUCCUCAAUUUAUGAUGAUGUCCCAGCAAGCAUUCUUAUAUCUUGAUGAGUUCUUUCUUUCUUUAAU